UGACCAGGUAUCGAACCCACUACCUUGGCGUGAGGAAAAGUCGCUGUGACUGACCUACUUGACUAGGGUAGCGGCACAUCCUUUCAUCUCCAAGGUGUCCGAGCUCCCGAGCGCCAGGUCGCGACGGAGAACGCGCCGGAGGAGUCACCUCCGCUGUGCAAAGGCGGGUCCGAGGCUUCUGGAGCCGCAACUGUCCGGGAUCGGAACCUCCGCGCCUCAGAGUCCGCUCCGCCCACAGAGUCUAAUGGCGGCGGCCGCGCUGCAGCUCCCGGCUGAGGAUCUGAACUUUGAGGAUGUGGCCAUUGCCUUCUCCCAGGAGGAAUGGGGUCUACUGGAUGAGGAUCAGAGACUUCUGUACUGCGAUGUGAUGCUGGAAAUCUUUGCGCUUGCAGCAUCCGUGGGUUGUUGGCAUAAAACAGAAGAUGAGGAAGCCCCUUCUGAGCAGAGUGUAUCUGUAGAAGGAGAGUCACAGGUCAGGGCUUCUGAGACAGUUCCAGAAAUCCCGAAGACUCAUCCCUGUGAGCAGUGUAUUUUAGUCUUGAAAACUAUUUUCCACUUGAGUGAGUUACAACCAGCAUACCUUGAGCAGAAACCAUUCUUCAGUGACACAUGUAUGACAGACUUUGGUUUCAGUGCAAACCUUCACCAGCAACAGAGGGAUGCCAGUGCAGAGAUUCCCUGGACAGGAGAUAUGGACAGGACCUCGUUUGUGCCUGGGGAGAACUUCUAUGUACCAGGGCCACCUUUCACCGGUAGGGAGAUUGAUGAGGACUUUUCAGCCAUGUCAGGGCUUCUCCAGCACCAGUCCCCUCUGAACACUGUGGAGCCACACAGUGGCAAUGAGAGUGCGCUGGCAGUUUAUAGUGGAAAAAGUCUUCACGAGUGGAAUGAAUGUGAAACCGCUGCUCUUCACAACCAGAACCUUGUUCAACAUCAGAGUGUCUACACUGGAGAAGGGCUUUUUGAGUGUAGCAAAUGUGGGAAGGCCUCUAUACAAGCCUUUAACCUCGUUCUUCCUAAGAGAGUUCACACGGGAGAAAAGCAGCCCUAUGUGUGUGGUGUUUGUGGGAAAUGCUUCAACCGCCAGUUUUUCCUCAUUCGACACCAGAGUGUUCACACUGGAGAAAAGCCCUAUGAGUGCAGUGUUUGUGGGAAAUGCUUCAGCUGCAAAUAUAUCCUCAUUCAACACCAAAGAGUUCAUACUGAAGAAAACCCUUAUGAAUGCAGUUUUUGUAAGAAAUGUUUUAGCUGCAAAUUUAAUCUUAUUAGACACCAGAAAAUUCAUACCGGUGAAAAUCCUUAUGAAUGCAGUGAUUGUGGAAAGUCGUUCAGCCACAGCUCUGCCCUCAUUCGACACAGAAGAGUUCACACUGGAGAAAAGCCAUAUGAGUGUAGUGAUUGUGGAAAGUCCUUCAGCAACAGCUCUGCCCUUAUUCAACACCAGAGAGUUCACACUGGAGAAAAACCGUAUCAGUGUACUGAUUGUGGAAAAUCCUUCAGACAAAGCUCUGCCCUCAUUUAUCACCAGAAAGUUCACACUGGAGAAAAGCCGUAUGAGUGUACUGAUUGUGGGAGAUGCUUUAGGUACAAAUAUAUCCUCAUUCAACAUCAGAGAGUUCACACUGGUGAAAAGCGUUAUGCAUGCAAUGUUUGCGGGAAAUGCUUUAUCUACAACUUUAACCUCAUUAAACACCAGAGAAUUCAUACUGGUGAAAAGCCGUAUGUGUGUAGUGAUUGUGGGAAGUCCUUCAGACGAAGUUCUUCCCUCAUUCAGCACAAAAGUGUUCACACAGAAGAAAGACCUUAUGAGUGUAAUGAAUGUGGGAAAUCUUUUACCCGCGCAUCUAAUCUUCUUAGACAUUGGAGAGUUCACACUGGAGAAAGGCCCUAUGAGUGUAGUGAUUGUGGGAAGUCCUUCAGCCACAGCUCUGCCCUCAUUCAACACAAAAGAGUUCACACUGGAGAAAGACCUUAUGAGUGUAAUGAAUGUGGGAAAUCUUUUACUCGCACAUCUAACCUCCUUAGACACUGGAGAGUUCACACUGGAGAAAGGCCCUAUGAGUGUAGUUAUUGCGAGAAGUCCUUCAGCCACAGCUCUGCCCUCAUUCAACACAAAAGAGUUCACACUGGAGAAAGACCUUAUGAGUGUAAUGAAUGUGGGAAAUCUUUUACUCGUACAUCAAACCUCCUUAGACACCGGAGACUUCAUACUGGAGAAAAGCCUUAAAUGUGCAGGGAAUGGUUUAUUUCCUCACUCAGUAUAACAACAUUGCAGGAGACUCUUUGAGACCCAUUUACCUGAAUUUAAACCUGUUUUAACGGACCAUACAAUAUGCUAGGUUUCUCAUUAGUUUCAGGUACAAGCGAGGCUUUAAAGACCUACAUUGCACUUUCUAACCUGCCCAGGGCUAUUAUCAGAUUGAUUUUCCUACCAGUUUUUGUGGAUGAGACCCUUUUACCUCUACUACCUGGCUGACAUGUACAGUGUGCGUCAGUCACAACCCCUGCAUGCUCAGGGAUGCUGACCUCUGUGUUCUGCCUUUUGCUUGAGGAAAUUAUGAAUAUUUUGAGUGCUUGGCAGGAUCCUCAUUUCUUUGCCUCUGACUAGAGAAUGGACAUGACCCAGUGUUAGUCCAGAGGACCCAUCCUGAGCUAAGGACUACCUUUCUUAUGGACAUUGUUUUUCUCACAUUAUGAUGUGAUGAAUUUUUCCUGGUUCUCAUUCACCAACCUGGAAACUUUGUUGUACACUGCUCUGGUUUAUGAUCUUUCGGUGGAGGUCUUUUUGCUUUUCUGCCUUUUAUUUUGGUGGUUGUAUUCACUGCGUGAGAUCAUUUGAAAUAAGAAUUAUUAUCUGUCAGCAUACAGAGGUGAACAGAUUUUUGGGGAGCCCAAAUUUUCUGUGAUUUGGAAGGGACAGCAUGAUGUCAGAAUAUCGCUCUUUAUCCAGUGUUGGCUUAUUUUGCAUUGCUGCCCAAGCCCUUGAAAGAAAGACUACAUGACUUCCUGGUGUGAUGAUUACGGCGGAGAUCGGAGGUCACUCUGAAGAAGAGGCAUUUCUUGUACUUCUGGGAGCAACAUGAAUUUUUUUCCCUUUUUUACAUAAUUUCACAAUGUUGAGGUCAUGCAAGGGAACCAUGUGCCAUGAUGUACGAAAUUUCAUAGGUUGGUGUCAUUUGUUGUAAGACUGAAGGUUAUGUGGAACCACACUUGGGACAGAAACACUGUACUAAUAAUGAGUGGAAGAGACUGCAGUAGAUUAUAUGGAAGGUUCCUCUUCUGAACGUUCAUCCACAAGUGUUCCAGUGACUAUGGCUUGUGUGCUCUGUGGUUACAGACAAUCUCAGGACCUCCAUAACUGUUUCCUGUGGCUGAGGUCAUUGGCAGAGAAAAUAAUCUUAAUGGUUUUGUGGAUUCCCCUGGCCUCUUUGGGGUGUUCACCUUAAGGCCAUUGCUCUACAGACAAGAAAACAAAGCUAGAGAGAAGGAUGGUCCUGUAGUCGGUCCCAGGAUGUGUCUUUUGUGACUCAGUCAGCAUUCCUGUUGACUCAGAUGGCUGUAGUCUUCACUGCUUGCCAAUAUUUGCUGCCAUUGAAGCAAGACUGCUCCUUCCUGGACAUGAGAAGAGAGAUGGUGGAGUCCAUAUAGGCUUGCCAACCUUUUAUUCUUAGUAAAGAGUGAUAUCUAGGUCUUUAUUUGGAAACAGGUUUUAAAGCUUUAUUCAGGUAUUUGUAUAAUUGACAUGCAACAUAGUGUUCUUAAUCUAAUGUGUACUAUUUGGUGAGCUUUGACGUACGGAUAAAGCUAUGAAACUAUCAUAUAUGAAAUGGACUUAUCUGUCACUCAUAUUCCAGGUGGGGUAAAUGUAGGUUUAAAGUAGUAAGUACGCGAAACAUAGAGUUUAUUCUUGUAUUAUUAUUUAUUAAGUGUUAUAUUUUCCAUAUGAAGAUCUGUAAACCUACUUUUGUUCUACCCUGUAUUUACUUCCUGCCCUUUUAUAAUCUCCCCCUGCCUGUCGCAGCCCUCCCUGCAAUUGUUGAUUUAUCUUUACUUAGUAUAGAUUAGUUCAUAUUUUCUAUAAUUUUAUAAGCAUCAUAAGGUGUAUACUCUUGAAAAAAUAAUGGUUUCCUUCAUGCUGCACUGUUACUUUGAGAUUCAACAAUAAUGUUCAUGUGAAUAGUUAAUGCUUUUUACUGCUUAGUAGUAUUCUGUACUAUAAAUAACCACUUUGUUUAACCAUUGAUCUGGCUAUGGUUGGGGUUAUUUCCGGUUUAGGGUAUUACAAUAAAGCUGCUAUGAAUACAUGCAUUCAGUUCUUUAUAUUGCUAUAUAUUGUAUUUCUCAAAUUGUUACAGUGUAGGUAAAUGUUUUACAUUUUAAGAAAUGGGGAACUAUUAUCUAAAAUGGUGGUCCCCUUUACCUUCCCACCCAACCAUGGUAUAUGAAAAUUCCAGUUCUUCUGCAACUUUGCCAAUCUUU